GUUACAGUGGAGAUGAAGUCAUCCAAAGUUGCGAUCGUCAGAAUGAACAGGCCGCCUGUCAAUGCACUCAGCAAGGACCUCAUGCAUGGACUCAGGCGAACUAUUUGUGAUCUUGAGGAUAAUGACGUCAAGGGAAUCGUCCUCACCUCGUCAUCCAAAGUGUUCUGCGCUGGACUCGACCUUGCGGAGCUCCUGAACCCAACACAAGAGUUCGUCUCGUCCUUCUGGAAGGAGCUCCAGGGCCUCUGGAUCACGCUGUACAGCUCGAGACUGGUGACGGUUGCCGCUGUCAACGGAGCAGCGCCCGCCGCUGGCUGCAUGCUGGCCUUGUCUUGCGACUACCGGAUGAUGUCGAGCAAGAACGUGAUUGGAAUGAACGAGACCAAGUUCGGGCUGUUCCCUCCUCCCUGGUUCGUUGAGCUGAUGGCCGACACCGUGGGCCGGCGAAAGGCCGAGAUGCUCCUGCUGCAGGGCACUCUCCUCUCGACCGAGGACGCGCUGGCAUGCGGCAUGAUCGACCAGAUUGUGGAG